AUGGAGGAUCUGGCAGAUCUCUUGGCCAAAGUGCUCCCCACUGGGGUUGAGAUCACCCUUCGUCAUGUAUCCUCAACACCAACUCCAUCCGAUGCUCUCUUCGCAGCUGCGCCAGGCCAGCCUGCCGAGCCGACCUUUUGCGAGAAUCAUUUCCUCUCGGCGUCAAUUGACUCCAAGGAUGAAGAGACUAUUAUUUUCGGUAUGGAGGUCAUGGUCUAUAACACGGCCCACUUGACCACCAUCUUCGUCUCCAAGGCUGACUCGACCGGCUUCCUGCAUCUACUCCAAUUGCCACGCAAAGUCUCCAUUCUUCGACUGAUUUCCAACACUUUCCUCUCCUUUUUGGCCCGGGCUCGUCAACGGCCCGGCGUGCGUCUCGUCGUCUCGCUGUUUGCCCGUGCUCAGGACCAAUACCUGUUCCCCGGUAGCAUUGAAAAUGCCGAGAAGCACGUUCUAGACGAUAGAGGUCUGAUCAAAUGGUGGUGUCGCGCUGUCGACCCUAUUCUCCGUGAGCACGAACCCGAGUCUGCGCUCCAGGAAACGAAAGCAUCAGACCAAACCAUUGAAGCGUCCAAAGCUUCGGCUACGGCCUACUUGAUCGUCCCUAGCUGCGAUCGCUUUGAGACGCGCAAUUUCUUUCCAUCUUCGGCCAAGGCCGACCCGCAGGAUCGCCCGCGAUGGCUCAAUAGCUACCCACUGAAACAAUUGUACCACGAUCCAUCGGCUCCCCCGCGCUGCUUGGUACCUCGUUUCCCGGAUGAUCCCAAGACUCGUUUCCUCGUCGACCUGGACGACGAGCUCCCUGAAGUCGAGGAAGGCAAGCCUGCUUUACCAGAUGCAGGACGCUGGCGCAGUGUUAAAUCCCUCGAUCAAUUCUGGGAGAUGAUGUCUUUCCGCCAAGAAUGUUCGGCUGGUCGUCUGGUUGGGUUUUUGUGGCUGGUCAUCAAUCCUCCCGGUCUGAUGAACUCAACAUCAAUGGAAAGCCAAAAGCGCGUCUCUCCUGAAAAGGACGUCCUCUUACAUGCACAAGAUUGCAACCCUCCUGUCACAGAGGACACGGGGAAGCUUUCUGGUACUUCCGAAGCAAAGGAAGAACCGGCACAGGCAGCAGCGAUUCCCAUAGCCCCGCCGACGUCUUCCGAAGUCCCCCAGAACGAGGAAGUAAUCAAUCCCUUCGAUUGGCCGGAAGUCGGACGUGGCAACGUCGUGCUCAGCGAGGCAGACUAUAAAAAGAUGAUGGACACCGUUCUAGACAACUUCUAUGACGAAAAUGAGAUUGUGGCUAGCACUAAAGCCUACGUUGAACAAGUUGCAGGUCUCGCAGACCAACUGACAUGGGGCAAGAAGGUCGUCGGUAUCAACACAGAGUCCAGUGCCGUUCAGUCCACAGAUGCUACCAGUGCCAACAACAUCAUUGAUCUGGGACUGAUCCGCAAGCGAAAGAAGUCGUUGGGCGAGGCAGCUGCAAUUAUUGAAAGCCAAGAGACGAGCGGGUCGUUUGACACUCCUACCCCUGCGUCGGCUUCAAUCCCAGAAUCGGGAUCGGCUGUCAAUGUCCUCAGCGCUGGCUUAGUCCGGAAGAAGAAGAAAACAUGA